UCCCUCUUCUCUCUCUUUUUUAUUUAAUAGAUUCCAUUAAAAUUCUAAUCGAAUAUCCCUAAAUUUUUAAAAUCCUUAAUUUUUCCACAUUAGUAUCAUGUUAGGACAAUUGUGUAAUGCAUUGGCCAUAAAAGAAAUUAUUGUGCCGUACAUAGUUUUGUGAGCUCUACCUAAACUGAACCUAGACACAUUUCCGGACCAGGUAUCCAUACCAUCACUCCCCAAAACCCCCUAAUCCAGUGACAAACUCACCACAACAUUGCAAGCCGGCGCGUCAACCCCACGCGCCACCACCGCACACACAGCGACACCAUGGCGGGUAGUUUUGUGGAAAUCCAAAUCCCGCAGCAAAAGCUCUACAGCGGAAUUCAAUUCCCGGUAGUCAUAACUCCGAGCCCCGCAGUCUCUGCUCUCACCAAAACCAUCGAAGCCCAGAAACCCUAUCUGGAGGCCCAGCUCCGAAAAUCCGGGGCCGUGCUCUUCAGGGGCUUUCCAGUCAAUUCAGCCUCGGACUUCAACGACGUCGUCGAGGCUUCCGGCUUCGAGGAGUUUCCUUACGUCGGCGGAGCCGCUCCCCGGACCAACGUCGUGGGUCGGGUUUUUACCGCCAACGAGUCCCCGCCCGACCAGAAGAUUCCGUUUCACCACGAAAUGGCUCAGGUGCCUGAGUACCCAGCGAAGUUGUUCUUCUUCUGUGAAGUGGAGCCUGGAAGUGGGGGAGAAACUCCCAUUGUUCUGAGCCACAUUGUGUACGAGAGGAUGAAAGAGAGACACCCAGAAUUUGUUGACAAAUUGGAGGAGCAUGGCUUGAUAUAUAACCGGGUUUUAGGCGAAGACGAUGAUCCUUCUUCUCCAAUUGGCCGUGGCUGGAAGUCCACGUUCUUGACCAAAGACAAGAGCAUAGCUGAGGAAAGGGCUGCUAAGCUGGGCAUGAAGUUGGAAUGGUUGGAGGAUGGAGUGAAAUCUAUCAUGGGGCCAAUCCCAGCCAUCAAAUAUGACAGCACAAGGCAGCGGAAGAUUUGGUUCAAUAGCAUGGUAGCUGCAUAUACAGGGUGGGAAGAUGCAAGAAAUGACCCUGUCAAGGCUGUCACCUUUGGAGAUGGCAGCCCAUUGCCAGCGGAAACCAUCUUCGACUGCCUGAAAGUUCUUGAAGAGGAAAGUGUUGCCAUCCCUUGGCACAAAGGCGAUGUUUUACUGCUGGAUAACUUGGCUGUCCUUCACUCCCGGAAAUCCUUCAGUCCACCUCGCAGAGUCUUAGCUUCACUCUGCAAGUAGUUUAGCUGCAUCAUGUAUGCGUUCUUAUGCGUUGUUCACUACCCCUUUUGGAGAGAGAGGGUGAUAAAGCACGUGUUCUACUUAUUUGUCCAUGUCAGGUUAGGGUUUACGCAGACACAGCUUGUUUGUACAAUCUUAUCUUAAAGAGUAUAAUCAUAUAAUGUUUCUAAAUAAA